AUGGCUGAUGCUGCUGUAGCUGCUACUGCCGGCGGCAUUGCUGCUAGCGGUAUUGGCAGCGUUGCUACUGCUGCUGAUGCGGCCGCGGAUGGUUCAGAAAGCGGGGUUGGGGUUAUAGGCAAGGGGGGAGAAGGGUUCAAGGAGAGACCGGGGGAGGGGGAAGAGGCGGAGAGAGCAGGCGCGGAUGGGGCUGGAAGAGGGGGGAAAAGGGCGGAGCAGGCGGGAGAUGCGCGCGGUGGUGGGGAGAAGGGACAGCUGUCGGCGCUACUGGCGAGCGGAGGGUUUUGGGGAGCGGAAGAGGAGGAGGAGGAGGAAGAGGAGGUGGGGGCGGGGAAGGGGGAGAGUGAAGGAGCGAGAGUAAGGCGAAGAGCAGGCGUUGGAUCGACGGCAGGUGAUGGUGGGGAGGGGAAUGGAGGAAUGGUGGAUGGUGGGGAUGGGGAAGGGGGAGGGCAGGAGGGGGGGGAAGGAUGGACGGGGAAGAGGAGAAGACACGAGUGGGAGCAGGACGAAACGGGGGGACGACACGAGGGGGCGUAUCGCGGGCGAGGGGGCAGGGGCGGCGGAAGGGGCGGGCGGGACGACUGGCGGGGAAGAGGAAGAGGGGGAGGGGGCGGCGGAGGCGGAGGCGGGGGGCAUAGGCGGCGCAUGGAAGUGGGUCCCUCGCGUGUGUCUGUCCCCUGCAAGUUUUACCUGGGUGGGCGCUGCAGCAAGGGCGCGUCCUGCCCCUUCCCGCACACAGGCGUUCCGCGGACCAAGAACGAGCCGUGCAAGUUCCAUGUAACGAAUUCGUGCCUUAAGGGGGAUGACUGCCCCUUCUCCCACGACUUGGCGCGCUUCCCCUGCAAGUACUUCCACGUGGGCACGGGGUGCUUGGACGGGGAAAGAUGCAGAUUCUCCCAUGGGAGCGCGGAGGAGAGGGAGUUGGUGCGGUUGAGAGAGAUUUGGCAGAGGGACAGGCCGUGGGGCGCGGCUGGGGAGAGGCAGGGGUUCAGAGAGGUGGAGAGGGGAAAGGAGGGGUUCAGGGAUGGGGGAGCGGGCGGGAGAAGGAUGGCUGGUGCUGGUGGCAGUGUGGAGCGGGGUGGUGAGGGGAGGGGGAAGGAGGGCGUAUUGGGUGCUGUUUUGGGCAGCAGGACUGCUGAGGAGGAGGAGGAGGAGGAUGACGAAGAGGAGGAAGGCAGUGCCCCGGAUCCCUAUGGUGCUGCUGGGUCAGGUCCAGGCACCCACCCAUAUGGGGCUCAUGGGGCUGACACAGACCCAUACGGGGUUCAUAUGGGCAGCACAGACCCAUACGGGGCUAGCGGGGUUGACGCAGACCCGUAUGGUGUUGGAGGGGGAGGGCCAGGGGCAGCAUCAACAUCGGUUCAUGACUUCCUGGCGCGUGCAGCUGAGUUCUUUGCCGAUGGGGGGACGGGAGGAGAGGGGGAUACACCGAUGUAUGGCAGUAUGGAGUAUAUUGGAGAGGCGGGGGGUGGGAGUGGCCCUCGAUAUAGGCCUGACUAUGGUGGAGAUGGGGGGAGAGUCUCGUAUGGGCCUGAUUAUGCUGGAGAUGGGAAGACUGCAGGGUGUGAGGCGAGGGUCCCAUUUGAGUCUGAUUAUGCUGGAGGGGCGAGUGUACCCCGAUACAGCAGCACGGGGUAUGUGGGUGCAGCAGCAGGGGAUAAAGCAGGGCAGAAUCCUUACACGUGGGAACAUGGGAAUGAAGGGGAGGAAGAGGAAGAGGAGGAGGAAGGGGAGGAGCAGCAGGAGGGCACUGCAGGAAUGGUUGAAGUGGUGCUUGCUUCACAGGGAGUGGAUACACGGGUUGAUCAUUCGGUCAGGGACCUUGAGAAGCAGCCAACAGGAAUGGUAGAGGCGUUGGCUUCUAGGAAGAAUGGAGCAGUCAGUAGCGAGGAUGCUGAUUCUGAGAGGACGGGUCGAGCGAGAGCAAAUGUUGCUUCGCUCUUGAGCCAAGUGCUAGAUAGUUAG